CAAGAGGGAUGGGGAGCGGCGCUGGGGAGCGGGGCCGGGCUGAGAGGCGGCCAGUGCUCUUUCCCUUCCUGCUGUCUUUGUUCUGCCGGGCGCUGUCUGAGCAGAUCCGCUACAGGAUUCCCGAGGAAAUGCCCAAGGGCUCGGUAGUGGGAAACCUGGCUAAGGACCUGGGCUUCAGUGUCUGGGAGUUGCCCACUCGAAAACUGCGUGUCAGUUCGGAGAAGCCUUACUUCACGGUGAGCGCGGAGAGUGGGGAGUUGCUUGUAAGCAGCAGGCUAGACAGGGAGCAGAUAUGCGGGAAGAAUCCAGCAUGUGCUCUGGAAUUUGAGGCUGUGGCUGACAAUCCGCUGAACUUUUAUCACGUGAAUGUGGAGAUCGAGGACAUUAAUGACCACACGCCAAAAUUCUCGCAAAAUUCCUUUGAGCUGCAAAUAAUUGAGUCGGCACAGCCAGGCACACGAUUUAUCUUAUUAUCUGCCCAUGAUGCAGAUAUUGGUACCAACUCACUACAGAAUUACCAGCUCAGCCCCAAUGAUCAUUUCUCACUCAUGAAUAAAGAGAAAUCAGAUGGCAGUAAAUACCCUGAGCUGGUAUUGAAGAUGCCUUUAGACCGGGAAAAGCAGAAAUCCUACCACUUGACCUUGACUGCCUUGGACUUUGGAGAUCCACCCCUAAGCAGCACUGCACAGAUACAAGUCCUAGUGAUUGAUGCCAAUGAUAACCCACCAGUGUUUAGCCAAGAUAUAUACAGGGUGAGCCUUCCAGAAAACGCGUCCCCUGGAACCACCGUGCUUCAGGUGACUGCCACUGAUCAGGAUGAGGGGAUCAAUGCUGAGAUCACCUUUUCUUUCAGCGAAGCUAGCCCUAUCACCCAGUUUAAUCUGAAUUCGAAUACUGGGGAAAUUACUAUUCUAAAUACAUUAGAUUUUGAAGAAGUCAAAGAAUAUUCCAUAGUUUUGGAAGCAAAGGAUGGUGGAGGAAUGAUUGCACAAUGUACGGUGGAGAUAGAAGUCAUAGAUGAAAAUGACAACGUCCCAGAAGUGAUAUUCCAGUCUCUUCCAGACCUCAUUAUGGAGGACACUGAGUUGGGAACGCACAUUGCUUUGCUCAAAAUCCGUGACAAGGAUUCAGGAAACAACGGAGAAGUUAGUUGUAAACUGGAAGGUGAUGUUCCAUUUAAAAUACUCACUUCGUCAAGAAACACGUACAAAUUAAUGACAGAUGGGGUUCUAGAUCGUGAGAAGAACCCAGAGUACAAUAUCACCAUUAUAGCCACAGACCGCGGCAAGCCGCCCCUCACCUCCAGCUCCAGCAUUACCCUGAACAUCGGUGAUGUGAAUGACAAUCCUCCGGUUUUCAAACAGGCUUCUUAUGUGGUCCACGUGGCUGAGAACAACCCGCCAGGAGCCUCAAUCUCACAAGUCAGCGCUUCCGACCCCGACUUAGGACCCAAUGGCCAAGUCUCCUACUCCAUUGUGGCCAGUGACCUGGAACCCAGGAUGCUGUCAUCCUACGUGUCAGUGAACCCCCAGAGUGGGGUGGUGUUCGCGCAGCGCGCCUUUGACCAUGCCCCCAACUACAGCGAGGGCACUUUGCCUUAUUCCUACAAUCUGUGCGUUGCACACACCGGAAAGACGGAGUUUAAUUUUCUAAAAAGUAGUGAGCAACUGAGUUCAGGACAAGACAUACUUUGUGGUGAUCCAUCUGGGGCCUUAUUUCCACUUUGUGAUUCCAGUGACUCAACUUCCUGUCAGGUGAGUUUCCUACUUCUCAUUGUCUACCCAGUUCUUUGUUUCACAGAAAGAUAUACAUAG